UUUCUUUCCAUAUACUGCGAGGUUUCCCGGCAGCAUAUCGACAAUGAUGCCGAUUCAGCUCGUUAUUGCAAGCAUUUCCUUUUCACUUGUGGCUCUUUUUAUAGCGAUACCUUUCGUCCGUAGAUUCGUCCGACCAUUUGUCAAAUCAGAACGUUCCAAAGCUAGCAUUACUUCGGACUAUGAAGAUGCCGAUGGCAAAGCUACCGCCGAAUCCAUUAAACGGUAUUCAACGGUUUUACAACACAUCAUACUGGGAAUUACUGUUACUAUACUGGUUGCAGUCUCUCUUGCGAAGGCCAUAACCGCCACUUUGAAUGCGAGUAUAAACUCUUUCCUGGUGGCAGAAUGGCUCACAUUUGGCAUCUCGAUCCUCCUUCUUAUUGGAUUCUGCAAUAUCGUCUUCGAGAGACAUCCCGUGGUACGCUUCAACCAUGCAGCAGUUGAGGCAAUUGCGUUCGUCGUGCUCUUCGCAAUCGAUAUAUUCAACAUCUAUGGGACCUUUGUUCUAGAUACCUCGAAACGUCAUGAAGGCCCCGACAAGCUCUCUACUGUGGUGGUGUGGACAUACACUGCGGUGCAUCUCCUCGGCAUAUUCGCCUGCAUCACCUAUCCAAGGCGCCCACAUGUCUAUCGAGAUGGACACACCGUCGAUGAGCAAUGGACAGUUUCGAUUCUCUAUCGAAUUACCCACUCGUGGUCCGAGUCCGUCCUUCGGCUACCGGCGGAGGGUAAACGACUCUCCUUCGACAUAUUACCAGUGUUGGAUCAUCACACGCGGGCACGAGAUCUCUAUGACGCAUUUUACCAAAUCAAGGAUAGCAAGUCUCUUGCCAUGCAUCUAAUUAGGUCGCAUUCCGUCGCGUUCUCUCUACAAUACGCCUAUACCUUGCUCGACGCUCUUCUCAUGUUUUCACCACAGUACGCUUUGUAUAGAUUGAUAAAAACACUAGAGAAGAGAGAAGCUGGGAUAAACUCUACCAAGGAAGCGACUUUCUGGGCCGCCAUGCUUGGCUUGUUUGCGAUUGUAGCCAAUGUUGUGAAUAUCCAACUGUGGUUCAUCUCCUUUAAUCGACUAAAUACGCCAAUCCGGGCCCAAAUCAUUGCACUAGUGUUCGGCAAGUCGCUGAGGAAAAGGGACAUCAAAUCAACUGGUGCAAAAAACACAGAUGCAGAGAGCGACGACGAUACAAAAGAAAUGGGCGCGAAAGAAGAGAAGGUUAUGGCCAGCAGACAAUCCGUCAUCAAUUUGGUUGGCGUCGAUGUUUCCCGUAUCGCCGACUUCGCAUCGCUCAACUUGUUUUUUCCAGGCACCAUCUUUCGUUUGGCCAUAUCAUUCUAUUUCCUCCUAUCGUUAAUCGGGUGGCAGGCGCUUCUUGCGGGCUUGGUGGCCUUGGUCUUACUCUCGCCAUUGAAUGCAUACACCGCAAAGAAAUACGCCGAUGCUCAGGGCCAGCUGAUGACCCAUCGAGACCGAAAGGUUGCGAUCGUCAAUGAAGCCUUGAACGGGAUCAGGCAAAUCAAGUUCUCGGCCACUGAAGGGCAGUGGUACCGCAGAAUCCGAGAAUCAAGAGAAAGCGAACUGCGUGCACAAUGGAGCGUGUUUGUGUUUCAUUGUCUCCUGAAUUUCUGUUGGAUCAUGGGCCCAGUACUACUCUCGGCAGCGUCGAUUUCAGUAUACGCACUGCAACAUGACAGUCUCCCGCCCUCGGUUGCUUUUACAUCCAUUUCGAUUAUGUCUAGCAUCGAAAUAUCGCUUGCGGUCAUCCCAGAGAUGAUCACGCACCUUCUGGACUGCGUUGUCAGUCUGAAGCGGCUUAGUGAAUACCUGGAAUCCGCGGAAAAGAGAGACGUUGCAAUCCCAGGCGACUCGAUCGAGAUGAGGGGUGCGACAAUUACCUGGCCUGCGGAUGAAGUCGACCCAAAUACGUUCAGCCUAAAAGAUGUGUCACUAAAGUUCCCGAACGAACAGCUCUCUGUUAUAUCUGGACCAACCGGUUCCGGAAAGAGCCUGAUGCUCACAGCCAUACAAGGAGAGGCCGAGGUGCUUAAGGGCAAUCUAGUUCUCCCACCCCGCCUCCCUUAUUACGAAAGAUUCGACCAGAAAGCAAAUAAGAGCAAUUGGAUACUACCGAACUCUAUGGCAUUUGUUAGUCAAGAAGCAUGGCUAGAGAACAUGUCUUUCCGAGACAAUGUGCUAUUUGGACUCCCCUUCGACGAGCAAAGGUAUAACAAAGUAGUGAAAUCUUGUGCUCUCGAGAAGGAUAUUUCCUUCUUAAUUGACGGCGACCAGACUGAGAUUGGAAGCUCUGGAAUCAAUCUUUCGGGAGGUCAAAAGUGGCGUCUCAGCUUAGCUAGAGCGCUGUAUUCCCGUGCCGGCAUCCUUCUCCUCGACGAUAUCUUCGCAGCGGUUGACGCUACCACCGGAAGAUACUUGCUUAAUGAAGCACUCACUGGGGAGCUGGUGCAAGGAAGAACUAGGAUCCUUGCGACUCAUCAUGUGUCAAUACUUCAUGGCAAGAUGGCGUAUGAAGUUGUUCUUGGGGACGGAAUAAUCAAGCGACAUGGUGCAACUCCUGUGGUGUCCGACACUGAGACUCCACUCGAUACUCAUAGCAACGAAUUCAUUGACGAACCUUACCCCGAUAACGCUGGGAAGCUUGGAGGCCAACGGAAGGAGAGCGUCGUGGACCAUGAUCUGAUACUAGUCAAGAGCCACCAGUCAGAACUUCCGGAUGAUCCUCAUAAUCUAGUGGACUUGGAUGCCGCGCCGCGGAAGUUCGUUGAAGAAGAGAUGCGUGAAGUUGGGCACGUCAAAUGGCGGGUGUAUCUCACAUACUUGCGCGCAAAUGGGGGGUUCUGGUUCUGGACACUACUCCUCAGUACAUUUAUUUUCUUUGAAGUCAUGCUGCUUACACGGUCCUGGAUCCUCCGUCUCUGGACCAAAAGCGCAGCACAAUCUGAGGAUCACAUACCUGAUCUGCUGCUCCAAGGACAGAAUCGGCAAAGGCAAACCAAGGGUAUCGAUCCCAAUACCCUUUUCUACCUCUACCUGUACGUCGGCGUUUCCUUCGCUACUGGCUUCGAAGGCGUGAUACGGUACCUGACCGUGUACAUUGGCUCUAUCCGAGCCAGUCGCACCAUGUUCGAAAGCAUGAUAUCUAAUAUCUUGUACGCAAAACUGCGCUGGCUGGAUACUGUCCCUGUCGGCCGCAUCCUUAACCGUUUCUCUGCCGACUUCAAAGUUGUUGACUCUAUGCUCGCCGUCGCGGCCUCAUUCGGGUUAUACAACUUUAUGCUUGUUGUUGGCGUCAUCACGGCGGGUGCCUUCAUAUCGCCGAUCUUCCUUCUAUUUGCCGUCGCGCUGCUUAUCCUCUGCUUACGUUACGCACUGUACUACAUCGUCGGCGCUCGCGAAGUGAGACGCCUCGAAAGCAUCGCUAAGUCUCCCAUCUUCGAACUCUUCGGCUCGACCCUCGCCGGCAUCGCCACGAUUCGUACGUACGACAUGACCCCCAGGUUCAUGACCACCAUGAAUGCCCGCAUCGACGACUACGUAAAGACACACUGGUACCAGCAGCUGCUUAACCGUUGGCUUACGUUCCGACUCUCCCUCACCGGCGCCGCCUUCUCCCUACUCGUCUCUGGAUUAAUAGUGUCCAUCCACAACAUCGACGCCGCGCUCGCCGGGUUUGCACUGGGAUUCACGGUCCAGUACAGCGAAGCUGUCACUACGAUGCUCCGGCAGGUCGUUAGCAUCGAGCUCGGCAUGAACGCCGCAGAACGCAUCGUCGAAUACUCCGAACUCGACACGGAGCCCGAAACGGGCAUGGACGUGCCGGCAUCGUGGCCGUCCAACGGCGCGCUCGAGGUCGACAACCUUAGCGUCUCAUACGCGGACGAUCUACCCGACUCGCUGCGGGAUGUCUCGUUCCACGUUGAGGCGAGGGAGCGCGUCGGAGUCGUAGGCCGCACCGGGGCAGGGAAAAGUUCGCUGGCCCUUGCGCUGUUCCGCUUCCUUGAGGCGAAGACUGGGACGAUCGCGAUCGACGGCAUCGACAUUAGCAAGGUGAAGCUGCACGACCUUCGCAGCCGGCUCGCGAUCAUCCCGCAAGACCCGGUCCUGUUCAGUGGGACGGUCCGGUCGAACCUCGAUCCGUUCGACGAGCACGAAGACUGGGAGCUGCGAGACGCGCUUGAGCGGGUGCAUCUCAUCGGCAGCAGCGGCAUCGACACGCCCGUCGCCCCGGACCCAUCCUCAUCCUCAUCCUCCGCCCUCUCCGGCACCAGCACGCCACGCACCCCCAUUAACACCAACGUCUUCUACUCCGUCACCUCCCCGAUCUCCGAAUCUGGGCACAACCUCUCCCAAGGGCAACGCCAACUCCUCUGCCUCGCGCGGGCGCUCCUGUCGCGGCCGUCGAUCCUGGUGCUAGACGAGGCGACAAGCGCGGUGGACACGGCGACGGACGCGAAGAUCCAAAAGAGCAUCCGAGAGAACUUCCAGGGGUGCACGCUGCUUGUGAUCGCGCAUCGGUUGAGCACGGUGGCAGAUUUCGAUCGCAUCUUGGUGAUGAGUGAGGGGCGGAGCGUGGAAUUUGGAAGGCCGGCGGAGUUGUUGGGGAGGGGGGAGGAAGGGGUGUUUAGGGGGCUGGUGGAGGAGAGUGGGGAUCGAGAGGUGUUGAAGGGGAUGAUUUUGGGGAAGGGAAAAUGA